AUGCAUCUUGGAAGGCUCUUCGUUCUAUCCUCUCUGGACUUUGGUGUAUACUCACACAAAGGUCGCGCAUUUACCGGUACAAAUUGCUCAGGACAGGCCAAAGAAAUCAAUGUUUGGGUUAACACUUGCCGUGAUACCGCAGUUCCAAAGACCAGAUCAAUUCGAGUCCCUGAAUAUGGUGGCCAUCGACAGAGAGCUACCUUUUGGGCAGAACAAAUUAGCGCUCACUGCGGGUUUAUGUGGCAAAACUCCAACUCCAAUUGGUGGGCGGAUGGUGGAAGCAACAAGUUCAAGAAGGGUUUAUGCAUUAACCUGUCUGGGACCUGCAAUGCCUUUAGUUCUGUCUCCGCUUAG